GUAACCCUUUACUUUCGAGACUGCUUUAUCACUGCAAAUAAGAGGUUCAAACCUUACACGCAGUUCGUUUCGUCGCUUCGUUCAACCAGUUGAGCCCGUUCAUCUGUUCAAAGGCACAGACAGGAAGACUUUGCUCUCGAAGCAAUUACACCGGAAUUGCGUGUCAUCGCCGUUAAAAGAAAACCCAAAGAUCCAAGAUGAGUUUGCAGUGGACCUUGAUCGCCGGUUUCCUCUAUACCGAAAUAGUGGUGGUACUAUUGAUGCUUUUGCCAAUCAUUCGUCCGUCUAGAUGGCAGAAAAUCUUCCGUUCAAGGUUUUUGAACAGCCUGUCAAAUCAAGCUUCCGUGUACUUCACUGUCUUGUUGGGUGUGCUGUGUCUUUUCCUCCUUGAUGCUGUGCGGGAGAUGCGCAAGUACUCAGGAGACACUGAGCCAAAGCAUGAGUCACACCAACAUUUGGAUGCUGAGAUGCAAGUCAACAUGCGCCUCUUCAGAGCCCAGCGCAAUUUUUAUAUCUCUGGAUUUGCUCUAUUCUUAUGCUUGGUAAUCAGACGCCUGAGCAGCCUCAUCUCCACCCAAGCUCAGUUGAUGGCAGAAAAUGAGGCAGCUCUUAAGCAAGCUCGGUCUGCCACUACAACUGCCCGGAAUAUGAUGGUUGGCAAGGGAGAGGAAGCUCAGAACAACUCCAAUGAAGCCUCUGCUCAAGUCAAGAAACAAUUGAAGGAAAAGGAAGAUUUAGUCUCUACUCUCCAGGAUGAAGUGAAUAAGAAGGCUCAGGAAAUCAAAGAACUGCAGUCACAACUAAACAAAGAAAAGAAGAAUAAUGAAGCUAUGACCUCCCAGAACAAAGGUCUGUCGCGGGAAUAUGACAGGCUAGCUGAUGAAAAUGCCAAGCUUCAGAAACUGAUGGAUUCGUCAAACAAGAAAGAUGAUUAAAUAAUUUCUUGCUAUGAGGUGCUCAGCAAUGAAAACUUCUUCAUUGUUCAGUGAUUCAUCAAAGCAUGUUGCAUCAUCCUUAAAUUUUUUUCAUGACAUGCCUGUAAACAUUUUGCAUAAUAUUUGAUAUUUGUGAUUCCUUAUUUCUAACGAAUGUAUGUGCAAGAUUACCCUGGACUGAAACUAGAUUAUCUAUUUCUAACAUCUGUUCUGGAGAGUUGUUUCUGUUAAUUUUUAUUAAUGGCAGCACCUUAAUUUUGACAAGGUUUGUUGCAAGUAAGUUAGCUCUCACACUUGUUAAUUUUGUCAUCUCAUUGCACAUUUUCUGUGCAUUUCUAAUGUGAAGGUUUUGUUUGUUAGCUUCAUAAGGUUGCAUCUUUACAUUUGGGUGAAGGAUUUUCUUCCUGUUUUUGGUUUUUUAAAUGAGUGAGCCUAAUUAGAUUUACUCAUGUUGCUGUCAACACACAGCUUUAAAAAUUUUGUUUUUUACCUAGUGCAUAACUUUAUUCAUUUUCAAUACUCCUUUUCUUUUUCCUUGUGAAUUGUUCAUGGAAGUAAAUUUCCAGUGUGAUUUUAAGCUUAGCAGAAGUUGGGUUUGUGUGGUUUUUUUAAUUUUGUAAUUAGGCAGUUUUAACUUAUUUCUGAGCUUUUUAUAAUACAUGUGCAGUAAAGUAGGUAGGUAGUUAGAUAACCUUCCUUGCAUAAUAAGUAUUUGGGAAAUGUAUAGAUAUUUUGGUGUCUGCACCAUUCUCCCUUCCCCCACUCUUACUUUCAAACUGUACUUUCUGUUACCGCUGUUAAUUGUUAUUUGUAAUAAAGCAAAUGGCUGUGUGUCUAUUCUGCAAAA